UUUCCAUCAAAUGUUUUCAACGAGAAUGUAAAUUAUAUUUGUCUCGCUGGCGAACUGAAAUCUUAGAAAGACUAUAAUCUGAUUCUGGAAUUUUCAGAAGGACCAAAUUGAAAAAGAAAAAAAAAAACUAAAAUUUUUAAAAAUUAGGGGAACCAUCGCCAGGGAUUCCGUGAUUGAGUGCAGAGGGGUGCGUCUUCCAAGAAGAUUGCUGAGGCGGAAGGGGUACGUAGUAAGAGAGUCUAAUUUGGAUGAUGUGCGAGAGCAUUACCAUAGAAUUUUCAAAGCAAAUUAGAGCUAUUAUACGGUAUUCUAUACUAUAUGCAUGGUUUUCUUCUCUUACUUUUCAAAGUUGGUCCAACUUAUUUAAAUAUCUAGACAGCGACUGGACUGUUAUACUAUAAAACGUUCAACUUCAGAAACAUAGAGUUGAUCUUGACCUAUUGCCGGCGCCUUCAUCAGCGUUGAUCCAGUCAGUUUUUCUACCUUGUACAUGGCUGCUGGCGCUGCUUUACCCAUAAAUAUAUGUGUGUGUUGUUAAAACCCUCAUUUCUUUAUUUCCUCUAUUAAGAGCUUCUCGCUGCUUUUUUCCCUCCAUAAAACUUCAAGAAAAAAUUGCCCUUUUCUUAUCAUUCUUUAUAAAGACAUUUUGAAUACAGCCAGUCAAGCCUUACUCUGACAUGCACAUGGAGGUAUACAAAUGUACAUGUUCUUCUUAUUAUUCUUUCGCUUUAUGGUUUUCUGCUACGGUUUCUGCAAUUGCUUGCAGCAUGUUUUUCGCACUCUCCGCCUUUGUAUUUGCAGUAGUUGGAACGUCGUUGGGAACCAUUUCUGGAGGUUUGAUUGGAGUGAAAACGAAGAGUGGGUUUCUUCAUGGAGCUACCGUUGGAAGCAUUUUGGGGUGUAUUCUUUCCGCAGAAAUCUUUGAAGUAUCAUUUUCUAUUUGGGAUUCUGAUGAUUGUACAAUUGAUUGCUUCAUUUAUUUGAUUAAAAAUGCUUCGAACCGCUUAAAAGAAAGACUCGUCCAAGGAAGACAUAGCCCAACCAUGCACGUUCUGCCAGAAAGUCAGGCUGAUGCUGCCCACAUACUGCAAAGUGAGGUCCACAGGAUAAAGAAAACUCCGAAGAUUAAACUCACAGACAAAAACAUAGCAGAUAUAAUUCUGUGGAAUGGACCAUCCUGUUCAAUUUGCCUUCAGGACUUCCAAUCAGGGGAAAGGGCAUGUAUCUUGCCUCAUUGCCGCCACACUUUUCAUCUAUUAUGUGUUCGUAAGUGGUUUAUUGGGCACAGCUCUUGCCCGCUGUGCAGAGCAAGAUUAUCGAGAACAUGGAUUGCAAUGAUGAGGAAAGAAAAGUGAGAUGUCAAAUGUGUAAGAAUUGAUUCUUUAAUUGUACAUAUUCACCAAUAUUCAUUGUGGAAUGGUGUAAGAUAAUAGUGCCUGGAUCUUGAAGAGAUAUAGAAAAGAACAUUUCUUGCAGAAUGCUGUAGAAGGGCAGUAACAGUGGCAAGGUCUUGUGAGAACCAAAAGAACUUAUAAGAUUCCGCUUCUCUUUCUUA